CCGGAAAGCCCGACUCCGAUCCCUGGUGGCGGGGUUGGAAUUUGUGCAAAAGCCCCUAAGCUCGCAUACAAUUUCCAACGGUUGCUUGUCGAGUCCGACCAACAAACACCGUCAGUAUGGCUGCACAAGUCCCUACUGAGGAGCUCAAAAAGCUCAAGGUCGCUGCAAAAUCAGACGACCCGGCUGCUGCCAACGGAGCCAACGGCAAUACCGCAAACGAUAGUGACGGGUCCGACGAUGAUGACGAGCCAGAGGACGCCGGUGCCGCCGCCGGCGGAGAAGGCGCGAAGAAAAAGAAAAAGAGAAAGCCACGCAAGAAGAAGAAGAAGAACGCCAACGGCCAGACGGACCCUCCCAGGAUCCCCAUCUCCCAGCUCUUCCCGGACAACAGCUACCCGAAGGGCCAGGAGGUCGAGUACCUCGGCGAGAACACGUAUCGUACCACAAAUGAGGAGAAGCGCCACCUUGACAGCCUCAACAGCGACCUCCUGACAGACUACCGUCAUGGUGCCGAGGCGCACAGGCAGGCGCGUAGGUGGGCGCACAAGCACGUCAAGCCGGGCAUGUCGCUGACGGACAUUGCAAACGGCAUCGAGGACAGCGUGCGGGCGCUGGUGGGACACUCGGGUCUGGAGGAGGGUGAUGCCAUCAUCGCCGGCAUGGGUUUUCCCACCGGGUUGAGCAUCAACCACUGCGCCGCCCACUACACACCCAAUGCGGGCAACAAGAUGGUCCUGGAGCAUGAUGAUGUGCUCAAGGUUGAUAUAGGAGUGCAUGUAAAUGGUCGCAUCGUCGACAGUGCCUUUACGGUCGCAUUCAACCCCCGCUAUGACAACCUCCUUGCAGCUGUCAAAGAUGCCACCAACACUGGCAUCCGCGAGGCGGGCAUUGAUGCCCGCCUGGGAGAGAUCGGCGAGGCAAUCCAGGAGACCAUGGAGAGUUACGAGGUAGAGAUUGACGGCGAGACUUACCCCGUAAAGCCGAUCCGCAACCUGAAUGGUCACACCAUUGACCGGUACACCAUCCACGGUGGCAAGAGUGUGCCCAUCGUCAAGUCUGCCGACCAGACAAAGAUGGAGGAGGGAGAGAUCUAUGCUAUCGAGACAUUCGGCAGCACCGGACUGGGCUACGUCCGCGAUGAGGGCGAAGUGUCCCACUACGCGAAGCGCGCUGAUGCGCCUAACGUUGCGUUACGAUUGACAUCGGCGCAAAAGAUAUUGAACGUGAUCAAUAAGAAUUUCGGCACGCUGCCGUUUUGCAGGCGUUACCUGGACCGUCUGGGACAGGACAAAUACCUGUUAGGGUUGAACAACCUUGUGUCCAACGGAAUUGUCGAGGCGUACCCACCCUUGGUCGACAAGAAGGGCUCUUACACGGCCCAGUACGAACACACUAUUCUCCUUCGGCCGACUGUGAAGGAGGUAAUCAGCCGUGGAGAUGAUUACUAGGUUCCAGAAUUGAUGCGGAAUUUCCAUGAAACAGAAUUCAAGCAUUCCAAAAAUUGACGAAUAGCUGACUCACAUUCCCAUGGCAAUGCAAUACUUGACAUCAGUAUCCACGCCACUUGAAAUUGCUCCCACAUUUGACGCCGAUUUCGAGCGUCUGAUCAGCGAGGGCCGCUAUUAAUACUAUGUAUUGUUAAACUUUUGAUAAGAAUGCGACAUCGUACAUGAAAAAUCCAAGGAAGAAAACGGGCAUUUCAAAGCCGAAGAAAAGUCUGUUGUGCUGCAGCAAAUACCAUCCGAAUAUUCACGCCUGUCCUGGUUUCCUUGGUACCGAAAGGGGAUUGUAAGGAGGCUAUGGGUCGGCAGCGACCUGGACUUUCACAUGUUAAUAAAGAGCGGGUACUUUGCAAAUCAAAUAUAGCGUUAGUGGCUCGUACAAUGGAACUCUGAAAAGCCAACUGGGGAUCUCCAUUAUUCAAACUUCCCC